UUUUUUUUGCUAUAUUUAUUUGCUAUGAAUGUUGUGCUAACGUGAUUAUGUUAUUGAUAAAAUUUUAAUAAUUUAAAAAGAAGUGUUUAUAUUAGAAAAAAGUGCUUAAAUUAUCUUUAAAAAUGCACAUUACCAGUGAAGUGAGUUCUACUACCACCAACUCCGCAAAUCAAAGCAAAAAAGGUUCUAGUAACCGUAAUUCUAAUAAUGAAACUAAUAACAAUAAUUCUAACACCACAAACAACAACAAUAAUAGUAAAGAAGGUGCCUCCACUAAAAAACCAGUGGAUACUAGUCCCUAUUUGACUCCAGAAAAUCUAAUUGAAAGAACGGUUGAUGUUCUGUUGGCCGAACAUCCGGGAGAACUUGUUAAGACUGGAUCACCUCAUAUUGUCUGCACCACAUUACCCACACAUUGGCGUUCCAAUAAAACGCUGCCAAUUGCCUUUAAAGUUUUAGCACUGGGUGAGGUAAUGGAUGGUACCAUUGUGACAAUACGUGCCGGUAAUGAUGAAAACUUUUGUGGUGAAUUGCGUAACUGUACGGCAGUGAUGAAAAAUCAAGUGGCCAAAUUUAAUGAUUUACGUUUUGUGGGCCGCAGUGGGAGAGGUAAAAGUUUUUCUCUCAGCAUAAUACUCUCAACAAAUCCCAUACAAAUUGCCACUUAUAAUAAAGCCAUUAAAGUGACGGUAGAUGGACCGCGUGAGCCACGUUCUAAAAUACGACAUCCUGGUUUUCAUCCGUUUGCCUUUGGGCCUCAACGUUUUGGUCCUGAUCCUCUUAUGGGCGGUUUACCAUUUAAAUUACCUGGUAAGUAA